AUGCAUAUAAGGGUUCAGAAUUGCAACAAUGUUUGGGCUUCAAAUCUUAUCAUUAGAGCACCAGGAGAUAGCCCCAACACUGAUGGAUUUCAUGUCACUCACUCACAAAAUGUUUUCAUAACCAACAACAUCAUUGGGACAGGUGAUGAUUGUAUUUCAAUAGUAAGUGGGUCCAAAAACAUUAGAGCUACAGAUAUAAUAUGUGGACCAGGACAUGGAAUAAGCAUUGGAAGCUUAGGACAAGAUAAGUCUGAAGCUCAAGUGAAUAGAGCUACACUAAAAGGAAGCACUAAUGGGGUUAGAAUUAAGACUUGGCAGGUAAAUUAA